AUGUCAAACUUUGUCAUAGCCCAGGGCAUCAUCGUCCUGAUCGGCGUCCUUGUUUAUUCCCUCUUCUUUCGCGGGAAACGUGCCCUCCUGCCUUUACCCCCCGGCCCAAAACCACUUCCCAUUCUCGGCAAUAUCAGAGAUGGCCCGCCUAAAGGAAUGCCGGACUUCCUUCACUGGCUCACAUUCAAAGACAAAUACGGCCCCAUCAGCUCCAUCACCGUGCUAGGCCAGACAAUAGUUCUCAUUCACGACAAAGACGCUGCCAUUGAGCUUUUGGAAAAGAAAGAGUCGUUGAAGACUUCUGGACGCCCGAGCUAUACGUUUGCACAGAUGUGCGGCUAUGAUCGGUAUCUGCCCCAGGUACAAUACAACGACGACUUUCGCCUAAAGCGCAAACUUCUUCACCAGCAAAUCGGGACCAAGGUUCUCGCAUCUCAGUAUACCGAUACCCAAGAUGUCGAAGUGAAGCGAUUUCUUUUGAGACUCUUGAACGAACCCGGUGAUUUGUUUAAUCACGUUAGAGCAGAGGCAGCCGCUAUUAUAUUAAACGUCACCUAUGGCUACUCAAUCGAGUCACACAAGCCAGAUGCUCUGGUAAAGCUUAUCGAAGAAGUCACAGACCAUAGUUCGGAGGCUUCGGUUCCUCUCAAACAGAUCGUUGAUCUUAUCCCUCCUCUCCGGCUCCUACCCGACUGGUUUCCAGGCACAGGUUUCAAGCGGAUAGCUCGUGACGCGAGAGCGAAACUUGACGCCUCCGCUGAUGUCCCUUUCGACUUUGUCAAGCAGCAGAUGGCAACGGGCACUUUCCAGGAAUCCUUCAGCUCCAAGCUUCUCAAAACCCUUCGCAACGACGCCAACGAGAUUGGACCAGACAUUGAGGAUGCGAUCAAGUGGACUGCGGCAAUCAUGUUUGCCGGUGGCUCGGAUACCACAGUUGCCACCAUCAUAGCGUUCGUAUUAGCCAUGAUCAUGAAUCCCGAUGUCCAACGAAAAGCCCAAGAGGAGAUUGACAACGUCGUCGGCCCCGAUCGCCUGCCCAGCCGAGCUGACCAAGAAAACCUCCCAUACGUCAACGCAAUAGUCAAGGAAUCCCUUCGUUAUUUCCCCGUCGCGCCCAUGGGGGUGCCGCACAUGGCUACCGAAGAAGUCUUCUUCCGCGGCUAUCGCAUUCCAAGCGGCUCAUACAUACUCCCCGCUGCGUGGUGGUUCCUACACGAUCCGGAAACAUACGCGAACCCUGCGGAAUUCGAUCCCGAGCGCUUCCUGGAGCCUCGAAACGAACCAGAUCCCGAUGCCGUAUUUGGCCAUGGUCGUCGAGUGUGCCCUGGCAGGUUCAUCGCCCAAGAAAGCUUAUACCUGACCAUCUCGCAGACAUUGGCUGCCUUCAACAUUGGCAAGGCAAUGGAAGGAGGGAAGCCAGUAGAGGUUGAAUGCAAACAUACAUUGGGCAUAGUGGACCAUCCCGCGAAAUUCCAAUAUAGCAUCGUUCCGAGAAGCGAAAAGUAUGCGGAACUGAUUCGGAGAGUAGAGGUAGACCAUCCAUGGCAAAGCAGCGGAGAGGCCCUUCAAGGGAGUGCCAUCCUUGACAACUUUAAGGCAGAACACAAGGCUUGA